UGAAGGUACAUCGGUUUUAUUAUCCACACUUGUUUCAAAUUUUCAAUAGACAUCGUUCCUUUUUCAACCACGCUCAAGUCUUUGAUUCUAUUAGAAUUGGACCGCCAUCGUCGCCAGGAAACGUUUUUGCGUCAUUGCGUCAGCACUAUUGGCAUAUUAUCUACGAUAUUCUCCACACUCGCUUUCAAUAUUAACAUCAUUCCUCUUUUGGUCACACUCAAGUCUUUGAUUCCAUAAGAAUUGUCUACAAGAGAAGAUCUACAACCAUUAAAUUCAGAAUUUAAUUGUGAGAUGGAUCCUUCAAAUUUAGAUGAUAAACCCGUGAAGUUUAGUUUUACGAAGGACGGUGUAUUUACGUUCAAACGCUAUGAAACUAAUAGAGCUUCAGAAUCAAAACAGGGUUUAUUAUCACUUCGACUUGGAAAUAUUCUUAUCGAAUUUAAAUCACCCGAGUUGGCCGAUACAAUUCGAAAUAUCUUGAGUUCAGCUGUGGAAAAGGCUGUAUCUAAAGAAGAAUUCGAAAUUCUGAAACAUCAUUCAAAUAUUUUGAAAUCCCCUGGCCACAAUAUAACAAAUAAUGCUGUUUCAAUUACUCCUGAAACAAACCUAGCUAGUAACGAUAAUACGUAA